AUGGGCGUAGAGGAGAAACCCAGCCGCAUUCCCUUAAAACUUAGUGAUGUGUUUUCCUCAGAUAAAUGUAACCAAGCGAACUCACAUCACGAAGAGGGUGAAAAUGGAAAUAAGGAGGAAUGCAAAGAAAAGUCUAUAAGUAUACUGAAUAAGUACAAAGUCACAGAAUUCAACAAGAGAGAAAUUAAUAAAAUAUACAUAAAAAAUGAAUUCUUUAAUAAUAACAGAAGAAAGAAGCAAGGAAAUAAAGUUCUAAAUGCAGGAGAAGAAAUACUCGUUAAAGCUGAUCCUGCAAAUGGAAGUAUUUUGAAAAAUGAGGAAGAAGAUGAUCAAAGCAAAGGCGAGGAGAAUACAAACAAACAUCAAUGGAACGGAAGGAAAGUUCAUAAACAAAGUAACUUAUUCAUAGCCAAUGGUACCAUUGGUCUAGUUGUUCACAAUGGAAUAAUGUGUCUAUCGAUGAAAGGAAUACAACCCUUUAUCAUUACAAGUGCUAAAAAUGCAUUUUACGUACUUGAUCCACAUAAACUUAGAAAAGCAUAUACAUCCGAAUAUUAUACAGAAGAUAUAAAAAAUUUAUAUUGUGCAAAUGGAUAUGUUUAUGUUGUUUUUAAUAAAAAAAUAUACAAGGUGAAUGAGUCUGGUGGAAAAAAGAUAUUUUCUUUGGGUGACAGCAAACAUUGUAUUCUCAACAUCUUGACGGUUUAUGAUUACUUACUUAGUUAUAGCAAAAAGGAAAUAGUAAUUUGGAAUGAUGUUCGUAAGGAGGUCUAUGGAAGAGAUGGCUUUUUGAGCAACUCGGGUAGUGAGCAGGAAGAGGAAGAAGACGAGGAAGAAGAAGAGGGGGAAAAAAAAAGAAAAAAAAAAGUACUUGAUGAAGUGCUCAAUGAAAUGUCGAGUGAAAUGGUCGAUGAAGGUGGGGGUGUGAAGAAAACGGGGAAGGGAAGAGAGCAGAAGGAUACAUAUGAAGGGAAUAACACAAACGGUAAGAAGAGUGACAAAGACAACAUAUGUGACGGAUAUAGAGUGAGUAAAAAUGCGGAUGAUUGUACAAGUAGAAAAAAGAGAGGAACAGGAGAAUCCCCUCAAGGGAAUGAUACCAUAAGGGAUAGAGAAAGUCACUUAUUCAAAUGCAUUUCAUUAUUUGACGAUGACUCAGAAAUCGAAAUUUGUAGCAUAGUACACCCACCAGGAUACAUAAAUAAAGUGAUUAUACUAACGAAUGAUAAUAAAAUAUAUCUUUACAAUAUAAAUAAGGAGAAAAUAAUUCAUGAGUAUAUCUCAUUAAAUAGUAUUAACUUAAGCAAAGAAAAAUAUAUAAACAUAAUGAUAUUAACAUCGAAAAAGGAUGAAUUGUGUAUUGUAACAUCAACAAAUGAACUUUACAUAAUUAAUACUGAAAGUGACAAAUUUGUAUAUGCAAAAAAUAUACAUAUGAAUGAUGAUAAGGUAAGUUGUGUUCAAUUUUAUAACUAUACUUAUAAUGAUGAAAAUGUGCCUGUAAUUUUAGUAGGUACAGAAAUGGGGAAAAUUAUUAUGAUAGAUACAAAAAGUAGUAACUAUUUUAUUUUAAGAAAUAUACACGAUUGUGUAAAGACCAUUUUGAUAGCUCCACAAGGGGAUUACAUAUACACAGUAGGAAAAAGGGACAACAAAGUAAAUUUACUAAAUUUGCAUAAACAUACAUUCACUUUAGAUAUAAUAAAAAAAAGAAACAGUUGUGUUGGUAUUAUUAAUAAUAUAAAAUAUUUGAAUGAUGAAAAGUUUAAAAUUGUGGUGUCAGCAAAUGAUGUAAAUCAAAGGGAAGGAAAUUUAUACAUUCUAAAUCCACAUUGUCCAGAACAAAAUAAAGAUUUUUCAUGGCACAAGAAAAUUAGCUUGAUAAAUAAAACCAUUAUUGAUUUUGAUAUAAACCAAAAUAGGCAUUACGAUUGGAAUAAUAUUCUCGUGUGUGUGAAAGAUUCGGAUCGGGUGUAUUUAGCAUCUUCCUAUAAAAAGAUUAUAGACAACGUAUAUUUAUCGCUACCUUUUGACAUUAUGAAUAAAAUUCCCAAGGGUCAUAUGAAAAAAGAUGGAAGGAGGAAAGACACCGAGAAAGAAGCAUUACAUAAUGCUGGAGAAAAGGAAAGAAACGGUGUGAGUGAUGGCAUGUUCAAUUGGAUACACGAUUUGACGAAUCACAUACAGGAGGAAGGUACAAAUGAAUUGAAAAAAGAAGAAUACAAAAUUUUUGAUGAGUAUAAUCCUUAUGAACAUUCCGCAGAAGAAGGAGAAGCAGGAAGAGAGGGAGAAAAAAAAAAAAAAAAAAAAUGUGCAACCAGUGUAUUGAUAUCUACUUGUGGGCAUAUUGGUAUUAUUGGUUACAAUGAUGGAGAAAUCCAUUCAUUUAACAUGCAAUCAACAACAUAUAGAAAUAGUUAUAAAUUAAAUAAAUACUCCAUCAAAUCGAAGGCACAUCUGAAUGGUGAUAUAUUAAAACUGCAUCUCUAUGGAAUAUGUAACUUCUUGUCUGCUUCCAGUUGUAAAGAAGAUACAUGUUUAAGGGUUUGGAAUAUAUACACAAGUGAGUUAACGUACUCGUACAAUAUUAAAAAUGAAUAUAUAAUAAAUAGAAAAAUUAAAAAUGAUAAAAAUAAUGAUGAAAUUAAUAUUGUCUCUGUUUACCAUUUUAACAUUUUAACCGUUGCGAGUUUGUCAAAUAAUCACACAAUAAUUAUAGAUAUUGAGCAAAAGUGUAUAACGAGAAAAUUUCAAUUUUCCCACUCAGUUACCAAUGUUACAUUUAGUGCAGAUAAUCGCUUAAUUUUAUUCGCAUUAAGUAAUAAUACAUUAUUAAUAUAUGAAAUAAUAUCAAAUACUUUUAUUGAUUACUUAUUAUUCAAUAAUGAUAUAAUUUCUAUGAUAUACAAUGAUAUUUAUUUAUACACAGCCCAUAAAAACACGAAAAACUUCCUCUAUUCAUUUACCAAUAAAAAUUUGUUUAAUAAUAACAAUUACGUAGUUAAUGAUUAUCAUUAUUUUCGUGCAAAUCUGAUGGAACCGUUACCCGAUGCAGAAGAUAAUAAGACAUACAAUGAUGCCACUCUUGGGAAAGUGAUCGGUAUGGAUGACUGUUAUUCGAAUAGUAUCGACGUAUUAUCAUCCACGGUAGAAGAAACCAAAAACAAGAACGAUUCAGAGGCCAAAAUUAAGGAAAGGCACAAUUCCCUACAAUUAAUGGAAACGUAUAAAUCCAGCGAAAAACAAAUUAACAAGAAUUUGAUGACUCUGUCAGGAUAUAGUAUAUCAAAAAUUGCAUAUAUCAUAUUUUUAGAUAAAAUAAAAGAAAAUUGUACAGUUCAAGAAAAUGUAAAAAAAAAUGAAGAAAUUCCCUUCUUCCUGAGUGCUAAGCUCGACAAAAAUAUAGAAUAUGCAGAUGAUAAGGAAAGGGAAUUCUUACAAAAUAUUUCCAAAGGGGUGGAGGGGGGGUACCCCGAUCAAGAGGAGUCGGAAGAGAGGGAAUACGAAGGGGAUGAAACGGUCCAAACGGUUACUGAUCAGUUGGAUGUCGAAGCAGAUGCGGAUACGAAAUCGGAUGCCAAAUCGGAUGCCAAAUCGAAUGCCAAAUCGAAUGCCAAAUCGGGAAACAAAUUAAUCUCCAAAGGGAACAAGUCAAAAAGUAGGCAUAUUACCAAGUUGGAUAAAAUCCAAAUGCCCACGUCAAAAUUGCAGGAAAUACUUGCCAAAAACGAGGAGUCCUACAUUAACGUCCUGAACUACCUGAAGGAAUUAUCCCCAUCCGGUGUGCAUUUCAACAUAUUAUGCCUGAGCACCAAGGAGGAGUUGGAAAACAUGAUGAACUUCUUCAUUUAUCACGUCAAGACGAACGACAACAUCGAUUUGAUUCAAGCGUACAUAUUCGUGUUUUUAAAAACACACGGGAAAAAGCUAUUGAAAACGAAAGCGAAAAACUUAAGGAACACCACAACUGUGCUCCUCCAAGAAAUACAAACAAGUUGGUCGAAUAUCAAUUUCUUAUUUGAAAACAUUAUUUUUUUUAUCAAGUUUUUAACAAAUAUACAGGUUGAGUGA